AUGGUCUCCAAGUUAUCAGUCUGCGUACUUUUUGCAGUGUUAUUCAUUGCCUCUGUUGAAGCUUCGCGAACUAAGAGACAAACUUAUCAUUAUGAUCCAUAUCUGCUUUCCUACGCUCAUCCACAUGCAGGGACUAAAGUGAAACAAGGAUAUUUGGCUCGUUAUGCUCCACAAGAUUGGCCAAAAUGGUACUCACGCAAUAUGAUGAAGUGGACUGGACAAUCUCGUUUCGCGCCUUACGAAGUUAGUGAUCCUCGAUAUCCCUCAUGGCACAACGAUUUUGUGAACAAACGGAUUUAA